UUUCGUUCACGAAUACAUACGUCAAAAGCACGUUUAGCGGAGUGUUUACUUCGAAUCGUGUUUUUUAAUUUCUAUUUUAAUGUUCAUAUCCUAGCAAAUAUUAUUAUUAUCAAGAUGGAUUUCAUUGUAGAUACUGUUGGAGAUGAUGAUCUCCAAGUGAAGGCGGAAUUAAUUGAAGAAGAUGAGAAACCAUUUUUCAUAGAUAAAGAAGAUAGAAACACAGCUGUUUUAGAAUUACUCAACAAAACUAAAGAAAACCUAGACGCUCAAGUGGCUGCAGAAGAAGAAGUUCAAAACAAACUAAAGAAUUUAAAAAUAAACAACCUCUUUGAUAACUUUUUCCAAGAAAUGGGAUGGAAACAGAACUUCCUCGUGAAAAAAGAACAUAAAAAAAGAUUAUUUCAUUUUGAGCAGCUAGAUUUAGAGACUGGUAAAUUGAAAUCAAAUCUAGGAGCUGUAGAUGUUGAGAAAGAGAUGAAAAAUUGUGUUUUGAAGCCAGGAAUAGAGAAAGAGCAUAAACUGCCUAGUUAUGAUGUUAGCAAGAAAAAGUUGAAGGCUAUCAGAAGGAAAGAACGAGAGAAGACCAAGGGUCCUGGUUGGUUCAACUUGCCCGCACCAGAGAUCACGGAGGAGCUGAAGAAUGACCUGAAUGUGCUAAAGAUGAGGUCAGCGCUUGACCCCAAGCACUUCUACAAGAAAAAUGAUAUGGAAGUUCUACCUAAGUACUUCCAGGUUGGCCGCAUUAUGGAUUCUCCACUAGACCAUGUCAAUGAGAGACUAACUAAAAAACAGAGAAAGCGAACAAUGGUUGACGAGCUUCUAGCAGAUGCCCAGUUCCAGAAGUACAACAAGAAGAAAUACAAGGAAAUUGUUGAUGAAAAGAGAAGGACAGAGUACAGGACAUUCAUGAAAGAUAAGAGACAGAAGAAUAAAGCGGAGUUGAAGAAGAAUAAGUUAAAAAAUAAGAAAAAGACAGCUUAGUAAUAAAUAGAUUCUAAAUAA